AUGCGGAUGGACCCGCAGUGCGUGAGAUGUGGCAUGGGAGAUGAGACCAUAAACCAUAUGCUUUUUGAGUGCCCUCCGGCUCGCCAAGCAUGGGCACUCUCUCCUAUACCUACGCCUUCCGAGCACUUUCCUACGGACGCACUAUAUUCAAAUAUGGCACAUCUUUUUUGGAAUCUCCCAGACAAUGAUGAUAUGUUGAUUUUCCCAUGGCUUCUAUGGUUUAUCUGGAAAGCCCGAAACUCUAAAGUUUUCUCAAAUGAUGAUCACAAUCCGCAGGAUGUCCUGGAAUCCGCGAUAAUGGAAGCACGGGCAUGGGCAGCAGCCCAAACGGUAACAGAACGGGUAAACAUUAAUAGCUUCACUCAGGCUAGCCCCGCCCCACUGGGGGAGUGGUGUCAGAUUGAUAGAGCUUGGAAAGUAACAGAAUGUCGGGCAGGACUUGGAUGUAUGCUAGUCCAUAAUAAACGCCGGAUGAAUUUCCAAACAGACUGUGCUCAGUUGGUGAAGAUGGUGUCCAAACCGACAGAGUUACCAGCUUUUGCGAUAUUACUUGAAGAAGUGGCGAAAUGCAGAGGGAUGUUCCAGGCGUUCUCCCUCACAUACAUUCCCGAUUCGAGCUCAGCCCCACGAUGUGUACUACAUAAACUCAGUUCCACCGAUUCCGCCUCCCGACCGGAUUUAGGAACUUAG